AUGUCAAGCGAAACAAAUAAUCAAUCAUUAUUAGCUGAGCAAGAUGAUAGUUCCAACGACUCAUCUUCUCUUAUUGUCGUCGAUCAUCAUGACACAUUGCCAAUGGAUAACACCGAAAAAGUGGCUAAUAGUGUUCUUGAACAAUUCUUCGAUGAGAUUAAAAUGCAUGAUGAUGGAACAAAAUCUGCCAAAUGUUUAAUAUGUCGCACCAUUGUUAAGCAAUCCACUACAUCAACGUAUAACUAUGGACGUCAUGUUCAUCGUAAACAUUCUAAAGAAAUGAACGAAUGGAAAUUAAGACUAGAGAACAAGAAGUCGAACAAUACCAAAAAGCAACCAACAAUUGAAAAAUCAUUUGGGCAAUCAAUCAGUCAAAAAUAUGGCAGUCACAAUCAUCGACAAUUAGAACUUAAUCAAAUGAUUGUACAUGAUUUAAUAAUCGACCUAGGAUUGCCACUUUCUAUUGUGGAUCAUCCAGCAUUUAUACGUGCAAUGAACACCAUUGAUCCAAGAUUCACUGUUUUAUCUCGACGUACACUUUGUCGUGAAGCAUUACCAUCUGCUCUUGAAAAAGUCAUCGUGAAAGUAAAGCAAGCAUGCAAUGAUGCAAAAUUCGUUGCCCUCACUCUGGAUGUAUGGUCUGAUCGUAGAAUGCGAACAUUUAUUGCAAUUACAAUGCAUACAAUUGCAAAAAACGACGAUAGCUUCCAAAACUAUCUUCUCACCUUUCAACCUCUUUCAGGAUCACAUACAGGUGAAAAUUUACGUCGUCAACUUGAAGAUGCCAUGGCUACUUUCAUUAUUGAAGACAAGGUGGUGCGGAUAGUCACGGACAACGCAUCAAACAACUUGAAAGCAUUCGAUGAACUUGUAAUACCAGGAUUUGAAGUUUAUUUUGAACCUGAAGACGACGAUGACGAAUAUGAUGAAGAAACAGAAAAGGUCAAAUUUGAAGAAAAAGGUGACCAAACAGACUUAAGUGGUCAAGAAGAACGUAUUCGUAUACCAUGCUUCUCUCACACUCUCCAACUCACAGUUGCUGACGGGUUGAAAGAGUGUGGUAAUGCAACAUCUGCUCUUACUAAAGUUGCAGUAAUUGCAAAACUGAGUCAUAAAUCAACAACAUUCGCCGAACACCUACAAAGACAAAACAUCAGUAUUCCAUUACCCGUGAAGACACGCUGGAAUUCACAACAUCAUACAAUUUGCAAAGUUCUUGAAAUUUCUCACAUAUUGCUCAAUGAUCUUCUUCGGAAUGUUGGUCGAAUUGAUCUUGGUUUAACUGCUCGCGACAUUGCCAUACUCAAAGAAUUUGCAAGCAUUUUCGCAUUAUUUGCUGAAGCAACAACUCGUACACAAAUUGAAAAUUCUGCUUCGAUCUCUUUGGUCGCACCUAGUAUUCUUUCAAUUUACUUCGAUCUUGAACAAGAGGUACGUAAUUGCAAAUAUCUUGAAUCAUUAUGUCAAACACUUCUUAUUUCUUUGCAUGAGCGUUUCGGUGGACUACUAGAACGAUGUGGAACUUUCUCCGAUAAUAGUAUGAAGAUUAAAAAACGUUCUACUAGUGAUCUUUAUAAAGACGAUUUUUAUUUAAUUGCUCCUUUUCUGGAUGGCCGUUUCAAACUUAAAUGGGUGCUUGGAUCAUGUUUAUCGGAAUCGACAAAGACACGAACAUCAAAUUUAAUCAAGACACUGGUAUUAAAAGCCGCAUUGCAGCUGUACGAUGCAACGAGUCAUCAAGCCCAAUCCAUCAGUGAAUCAUCUACUAUUAACAUUUACACAAGUAAUGAUGACACAUUGAAUAAUAUACCAAAUUUCAAGCGAAAACGACUUUUUUCUGGUUACGAAGAACAGAAAACAUCAAUGAAUAUGAAGCGUUCCUGCGUCUCUGAAUCGAUUGAAAAUGAAAUCUCAAUGUUUGAAAAGGACAAUUGUAAAGAUGCUCGACUAAUCUUUAUAAAAAAAAAUUUUUAUCCACACUUAUAUCUACUUGCUACAAGAGUACUUUGUGUACCGGCUACCUCCGCUCCUGUUGAGCGGGUAUUCUCCUCAAGUGGUAUAUUUAUGCGUCCUCAUCGUAGUCGACUCUCGAAGAAUAUGCUAUCAACAUUAACUUUAUUAAAAUGCAAUCGACAACUACUAUAG